UAAAAGGGCAGAAAGUACUCCAGCUAAAAGUAAAGGCAAAGGGAAAGUUGUGGAAAAUGAGGUGAAAGCAGCUCCAAAAAACAAAAGUAGAGCUGCAGAUAAGGAGAAGAUACCUGAAGGUGACGGCACUAAAGCAAAGGAUAAAAAGAAGGCAAAAACAAAACCUGCCGGAGAGGAAGGAGAUCAUAUCAGAGUUAAAGAAGAAGCUCAGGAUAACACGAGCGCCAAGCCAAACAGUGAGCAGACUGAAGCUUCCAGCCCACUGUUAUCACAGCAGGAUACACCUAUUGAAGCGCUCUACAACCCCAUUUCCUCACAAAGCACUCAGAGAACAGAGACGGUUUCAGUCGCUGGUGCCAAAUCCCCACAAGGCCCGGCACCUGUUGAUAAGGAUCUGCUUGUUCCUGGAACACCCAGAGAGGAUCCUCCGAGUCUGACUGAAGAAAAGCCAAGGCUGGGGGAAAUCCUUGGCACGGCAGCUGCUCUUCUUCCUGUUGCUGGGAUAGCAGGUGCUGCUAUGGGGGUCCUCGGUGAGGCAGUGACAAGCGUAGGUAGUUUCCAGUCUGACAGUGACACCAUUUCUUCUACACCAUUUAAAGCACCUGGUCGAGGAAGGCAAUUCACAAAGCAGAGUGCGGUUAUGCAACCUUCCUUUUCCUCGACGUUGUCACAGGAGACGUCAAAUCCACCAGAAGACAGCACCAAGACAGAUGUUCAGGUCAAGAAGGAUGUCACUGAAGACGAGGAAAGUGACGACACCACUCAGUCACAACUGGCGGAGGUGAAAAGUGAAGAGGCGAAGAACAAUGGCACAGACGUGGAAACUUCCCAGCAAGAACAUGAAGAAGAUGAGAAACCCAACAGGGAUCAUGAGGGAGAAGAAACAGAUACUGAAGAUGAGGAAAAGAAGGAAGAUGAAGAAGGGGAGAGUGGAAGUGAUGUAGAGGACAAAGAAGAAGAGGAAGAGGGAGGUGAAAGCAGCGAGGAGGAAAUGAGUGUUUCUGGAGAGGGUGAGGAAGAGCAAGAUAAUGAAACUACAGAGGAAGAUGGUGAGGAGGAAACUGGCUCAAGCAGUGAGGAAGAGGAUGAAGGAAGCGAGAAGAGCGAUGUCAUAGAUGCUGAAGAGGAGGAGGAAGCAAGUAUAGAGGAAGAGGGUAGAGGAGGGAGUGAGUCUGAGGUAAGUGAGGCAGAGGAGGAGGGAAGUGAAGAGGCCAGUGAAGGAGAGAAUAAAGAGGAAGAGGAAGAAAGUGAGGUGAGUGAGGAUGAAGAAGAUGAAAGUGGGGAAGAGUCUGGGAGCAGCAAGAUCAAAGAGUCAGAGGAGGAGGAGGAUGGAGAGGGAAAUGACUCUGAUGAAGACGACAAUGAAGAAGAAGAAGAAAAUGAGGUUGACGCAGAGGAAGAGGGUGAAACUGAAGAACAAAAAGAUUCCUCCGAAAGUGAGGAUGAGGAAAAACACUCGGAGGAAGAUGAAGAGGAGGAAGAGGACAAACAGGAUGAAGAGAGUGUUGAAAAUGAGAAGGAGGAAGAUGACAGUGAGGCCGAAGAAGACGAGGGUGAACAGGAUGAAAAGAGCGACAAAGAAAAUGAGGAGGAGGAGGAGGAGGAGGAGGGGGAUGAGGAGGAAGGGGGUGAGGAGGAAGCGUCCUCAGAGGAGGAUGAGGAGGCAGAAAAAGAAGAAGAUGAGAGAGAGGUUACAGAGGAGGAAGAAGAGGAUGAGGGGGACGAAGAUGAGGAUAAGAGGGAGGUUACAGAGGAUGAAGAAGAGGAUGAGGAGGAAGAAGAAGAGGAUAAGAAAGAGGCUACAGAGGAUGAAGAAGAGGAUGAGGAGGUAGAAGAAGAGGACAAAAAGGAAGCUACAGAGGAUGAAGAUGAGGAUGAGGAAGAAGAGGAUAAGAAGGAGGAUACAGAGGAGGAGGAAGAAGAAGAGGGUGAGGAAGAGGAGAAUAAAGAAGAGGUAACAGAGGAGGAAGAAGAGGUAGCAGGGGAAGAAGAAGAGAGUAAGGAGGUUACAGAGGAGGAGGAGGAAGAAGAAGAGGGUGAGGAAGCAGAGGAGGAAGAAGAGAGUAAGCAGGUUACAGAGGAAGAGGAAGAAGAAGAGGGUGAGGAAGCAGAGGAGGAAGAAGAGAGUAAGCAGGUUACAGAGGAAGAGGAAGAAGAAGAGGGGGAGGAAGAGGAAGAAGAGAGUAAAGAGGUUACAGAAGAGGAAGAGGAGAAUACUGAGGGGGUAACAGAGGAAGAAGAAGAAGAGGGAGAGGAAGAGAAAGCAGGGGAGGAAGGAGAAGAGGAAGAGAGUGAAGGUGAAGAGGAGGAAAAAAAGAAAAAAAAGAAAAUGAAAGCUAAUAAAGAGGUGACAGUAGAGAGUGAUGAGGAGGAGGAGGAAGGUGAAGAAGAGGAGGAGGAAGAAGGAGAUGAGGAAGAGGAGAAUGAAACAAAGACAAAACCAAAAACAGAUACAAGACUCUAUAAUCAAAGAGAAAAAACAAAACAGGGCCAAAUUGAAGGAAAGAAAGGUGGUGCUUCUGAGGAAAAUGAAGAUGAGGGUGAGGAGGGUGACGAAGAGGAGGGAGAAGAAGAGGAGGAGGAGGAGGAGGAGGAGGAGGAGGAAAAAGGACAGACAUCAAAUGUUAAACAGAAGGAGAAGGAAAAAGAAGGAAAGGAAAAAGUGGAAGAGGAGGAAGGAGAUGAGGAGGAGGAGGAAGAUGAGGAGGAGGAAGAAGAGGAGGAAAAGGUCAAAUCCUCAAAAACAAAAACCAUACAGAAGUUGCCUGCCGACAGAAAAGACAAGCAACAGAAAGAAAUGCCCAAACCAGCGCCGAGGAUGAAGCAGAGCACUGCAGAGAAGAAACCAGACGAUCCUCAGCAGUUCUGGGACGAUGUUCUGCCUCAGUACCUCGACCUGCAGUGAUGUCAUCGAAUAGGAUACACACUCAGCACCUCAGGAGUUAAUGCAGCACAGUGGAGUCAGUCUCAACCCAAGUGUCAGCUGUCAGUGUGUGCGACAUUUUGUUACUGUCAACAAAAUCCCAUUAAAGACCCAAACCAACAAUGCAUUAGUCUCUCAAGACUUUACCACUUCCUGUCUUUGUCUGUGGUGCUCAGCCCCGAGCUCAUUCAUUCCUACUGAAGACAUUCAUUU